AUGGGGUCCCGCCUGGCCCUGGUCAUCGUCUGCUCCGUCCUCUUCUCGUUGAUUGGCACGUCGGCGGCGACGGGGAAGACCGGCCGGAUCACGAGCAAGCUCUACUCCACCGUCAUCCUCUCCUUCCUCAACAACUUCGGCAGCGGCAAGUACGGGCUCAACCUCGCCGGACACUCCUGGGCCGCCGUCGGGCCGGACGUCACGUACUGCCAGUCCAAGAAGGUCCUCGUCCUGCUCACCAUCGGCGGCGGCAUCGGAAAGUACUCCCUCGCCUCCAAGGCCGACGCCAAGGCCGACGCCAAGGCCGUCGCCAAGGCCGUCGCCAAGACCGGCCGGCUGCGGCUUGGCGACCGGCUGCUGCUGCUGGUCGUCGAGGUGAAGGGGCGGGGUGGCCUGGCCGGCGCCUACCCUCCGCACGGCAGCGCGGCAUUUCGUCGAACACGCCGCGGGCGUGCGUGA